AUGAAAGCACCGGUUGGAGUACUCCUUAAAACAAAUAGGCUGAUCAUGCCGCUUGGUACGAAAGUAAACCGUUUUAAUAAUAUUUUCAUCAGAUAUAACACUACUCAAAACAAAUCUCAUUUCAAGAGAUGGUCAGAAUUGGAAUUACCGGAGAGACAACAGUUUAUUAAAGAGUUUGUGAAAAAUUACAAAAAACAAUUUCCAAAAUCAAGAACAAAUUUAUCUUUAAAAAUGUUAUCUCUUGAUAUGGAUAAAUUUGAGGAUUCACCAGCAGUCUUUGGAAUUUUUUACAACGAUAUAUAUAAGGAGCUGGCUAAAGAGGCUGGUCAAAGUGCCAUUGUACAAUCUAUUGCAGCUCGAGAAGAAAAUAGAUUCACACAUCAUACAUUUAAAAAAUUAUUAAUUCGUAAGCCAACUAAUAUUCCAUAA